GUUUACUUUGGCACCUGAUCGAAGGCAGGCAUCGUCAUAUCAAGUGAACCCAGCCAUGCUCUCUUCGCCGCCGGCUGCGGCUACAGCAGCGCCGCCGUCCUCCGACGAGGAUUUCUUCUCCACAGCCUCCACCUCCACUUCUUCCGAUUCCAAACCGACGUCACCCUGCCCCACCGCUUCCUCACAAAUUCCUCAGAUCCCCAUCGCAUGGCCCGACGACGGAGCCCUAACCGUUUCCUGGGUCACCGACCUCAUGCAGGCAUUCGAAUGGGCUUCACGAGCUACAAUCCCAUCGGAGCUUCCCUCCGUUCUCCCCGUUGCAGUGUUUGAUAAACUUGUACUCGCCGCAUCCAAGAUCCUGCAUAAAGAGCCCAAUUGUGUUAAAAUUGACGGCGACUGUGGGCUGGAUUUAGAUUCCAGAGUUGUGGUUGUUGGUGAUGUGCAUGGUCAAUUACAUGAUGUUUUGUUUCUGCUGAGGGAUUCGGGGUACCCGGAUCAUAAUCGAUUUUACGUUUUCAAUGGAGAUUAUGUAGAUAGAGGUGCUUGGGGUCUCGAGGUUUUUCUACUUCUACUGGCGUGGAAGGUUCUUAUGCCGCAAAGAGUUUAUUUGCUUCGUGGAAAUCACGAGUCCAAGUACUGCACUUCUGUAUAUGGAUUUGAAAAAGAAGUAUUAGUAAAAUAUGGAGAUAGUGGAAAGCAUGUGUACAGAAAGUGCUUAGGCUGUUUUGAAGGACUUCCUCUUGCUUCGAUAAUAGCUGGGAAAGUGUACACUGCGCAUGGAGGGCUUUUCCGUGGCACUGUCGUCACUCCGUCAAAAAGGUCUAGAAAGAAGAAUCGAAAGGUUGUACAUAAUAAUAAUAUUAAUAAUAGCCCGGAGAUGAUUUCUUUAAGUCUUGGUUCGUUAGAAGAGUUGGCAAAAGCUAGAAGAAGUGUACUCGAUCCACCAUGGGAAGGUCAAAACUUGAUUCCGGGUGAUGUGCUUUGGUCGGAUCCAUCAAUGAGUCCUGGUCUUUCACCGAAUAAGGAGAGGGGCAUUGGCCUCUUGUGGGGUCCGGACUGUACCGAACAAUUUUUGAACAAGUACAAUCUUAAGUUGAUUAUCAGGUCGCAUGAAGGUCCUGAUGCAAGGGAUAAGAGAGCUGAUCUUGGGGGAAUGGAUUUAGGGUAUACUAUAGAUCAUAUUGUUGAUUCUGGGAAGCUCAUCACUUUAUUCAGUGCCCCGGAUUAUCCACAAUUCCAGGCAACCGAAGAAAGACACAGAAACAAAGGUGCAUACAUUGUUUUGGAACCCCCACACUUCGACACACCUAUUUUCCGUAGUUUUGAAGCUGUGACUCCAAGACCAAAGGUAAAUCCAUAUUAUGAUUUUGAAGAUGUUAUCGAUUCUGACGAAGAACUGGACCUGGUAUCGAUGGUACCGGAUUCCGGUAUGCAGCAACCUGCUGCAUGAAGAUCAUGGAAAUUUGAAGUUGUGAUAUUUUCUUUUGAUUGAAUGUAAUCUAUUAUUCUAUGUACUAUUAACAGAGGCUUUUUAUUUGUUAAUACCUCUGCCCGUUUUCAAAUGUAGAGUAAACUCUUGGGAUGUUACGAGCAGAGUAUUUAUCUCUAUUACCGAAUAUCAUAAUUCGCUACUACUUCGACCUUAUUUGAUAGAAAAUAUAGGAUUAUAUUGAAUAUAGUUGCAUUAGAUAUGUACACAACAUUUAUUACAUGUGAUUCAUUAUCUA